CUCAGUUCAAAAAAGGAGCUAGAGACAUUGCUAAUGGAAAGCGUACUGCACACUGCUGCUCUGGGAAUGGAGGCUGAUUCUUUUCAGAGGGAGACAUUCCCCUACAUUAGAACUAUGUAACUUUGUCUGACUCCAGUUUUCUUUCUCAGCUCAGUUCAGAAACAGGGAAGCAAAGAAGGGAGGGAAAAGCCAGGGGAAGCACAAAGAGAGGGCUGGAAAGGGCCACCAGCCCCUACCUCCACUCACCCAUGUCUUCACCCCUGCCACAGACUCCCCAGAGCAGGGAAGGCAAUUAAGACAGGAGCUUACAUGCAUAUACGUCUCCCUCCCGUUCCCCACUUGCACUUAGCCUGCUCAUCAUUAUGCAGCCCAGGCAGACAACUGGGAAGACAUCUCUCUUUACCAGUUUUAGGAGAGUUUUAAGCUCUAGUUUAAGUCUAUGGAGAGCUCUUCCUGGAUACCACAGCCAUUCUUGGUCUUGGAAAUCCCUUCUUGUGGGCUAUGUUCCAAGGGCAACAUUUUUUACAAAAGAUAAUAGAACCAUCAAGGCUCCAUCCACCCUUGGCAGUCCUAGCAAAAGACUUCACACCUCCUGGCAAGGAGAGAUUUCUCAGGGUUCUCUCUUGCUUGAGUUUCAUUUCCUAAUGCUCAUUUGAAAAUGCAACCACAUCCUUUGUACUCUUGAUAUAUAGGCAGAGGCCAUCAAGAACUAAAAAGAGAUUUUCCUGUUGAUUGACGUGGGGACUCAGCCACCAUGAGGAGCUCCUGUGCCUUUUGGGCAUCCUUUCUCUCAGGUGUCAUUUUUCUCCUGCUGAUUCCUGAAGAUGUGUGUGUAAGAAUCAUUGGAGGACAAGAGGUAACUCCUCAUUCAAGACCCUACAUGGCCCUGCUCAAAAUUAAUGAGGAAAAAAUCUGUGCUGGUGCUUUGAUUGCAAAAGACUGGGUGUUGACUGCAGCUCACUGUGACAUGAGCAGAACGUCCCAGGUCAUCCUUGGGGCUCACUCAAUAACCAAAGCUGAGCCAGAGAAACAGAAAAUAGCCAUUAGGAAACAGUUUCCCUAUCCAUGCUAUGACCCAGAUGCAAAAGAAGGUGAUCUUAGCCUUUUACAGCUGAAAAAGAAAGCAAAAUUAAACCGAAGUGUGAAUGUCCUUCAGCUCCCUAAAAUGGGAGAGGAUGUGAAACCAGGAACUCUGUGUCACGUUGCAGGGUGGGGGAUGACAGUUAACCAUCAUUCACGCCCAUCUGAAACUCUCAAAGAAGUCAAUGUCACUAUCAUAGACAGAAAAACCUGCAAUGAUGACAAACACUAUAAUUUUAAUCCUGUGAUUGGACUGAAUAUGAUUUGUGCUGGAAGCAACAAAGGUGGAAAAGAUUCAUGCCAUGGAGAUUCUGGAAGCCCUUUGAUCUGUGAGGGUACCCUCCGUGGCAUCACUUCCUUCGGCAUGGAUAAUAAAUGUGGAGACCCCCGAUGGCCUGGCAUAUAUACCCUUCUGUCAAAAAAACACCUCAGCUGGAUAAAUAAGACUAUGAAGAGAGCAGUUUAGAUAACUGUGCUUCAUUUCACUCUCUGUCACUUGUCAAUCUUAUCAUAAAUAAAAUCAACUUGCACAGCCA